CCAGGAGUAACCUCCCUGCGCAUCAUCACAUCACCCCACUGUCUGCUGUUGGAGAGUCUGUCGGAGCUGUGUGACCUCAGCAUGAUGUGAUUUUUUUUCGUCACCACUGGAAACAGAGAUGUCCGACAGACAUUUUUAAUUUAUCGAUCUCGUUCACUGAACUUUUCCAGGAUUUCGUGUCGAUUUUUCUCCACCGUGAUCGCAGCCUGCUCGUGUCGUCCAGCCAUGGCACAGCAGGACGGUGCUGCCAAGAAGAGCCCCGCUGUUGCGGCGUUGCACUCUCACUUCAUGGUGGGAUCAGUGUCGGAGGAGAACUCGGAAGAUGAAAACCAAGGGAAGCAAGACAUCCAGCUGGAGGAAAAGGAGACUCGCUCCUGUUCCCCGUCCUCUUGUAGCUCCGACAGCACCUUUGAGAUGGGAUUUGACCACAUUGAUGGCCCCUCGCACAAUCUAAGAUCAAGCAUGUCAGGGCUGCACUUGGUGAAACAAGGCAGAGAUCGCAGGCGAAUUGAUCUCCAGAGGGACUUCACCGUCGCUUCACCUGCUGAAUUUGUCACCCGCUUCGGUGGUAACAAGGUCAUUGAAAAGGUGCUUAUUGCAAAUAAUGGCAUUGCAGCAGUUAAAUGCAUGCGCUCCAUCCGCCGCUGGGCCUAUGAGAUGUUUCGCAAUGAAAGGGCAAUUCGUUUUGUUGUCAUGGUGACCCCUGAAGACCUGAAAGCCAAUGCAGAGUACAUCAAAAUGGCAGAUCAUUAUGUUCCUGUGCCAGGAGGGACUAAUAACAACAACUAUGCCAAUGUGGAGCUUAUUCUGGACAUUGCUAAGCGGAUACCUGUUCAGGCAGUGUGGGCUGGAUGGGGCCACGCCUCAGAGAACCCCAAACUCCCAGAGCUCCUUCAAAAGAACGGCAUUGCUUUCAUGGGUCCCCCAAGUCAGGCUAUGUGGGCUCUCGGAGACAAGAUUGCUUCAUCAAUCGUGGCUCAGACAGCCGGCAUACCAACUCUGCCCUGGAGUGGAACAGGUCUGACAGUAGAAUGGACCGAGAACAACCAAAAGAAGAAACUCAUCAACGUUCCCCAUGACUUGUACGAGCUCGGUUGCAUCCAGGACGUAGAGGACGGCCUGAAAGCAGCAGAGAACAUUGGCUUCCCUGUGAUGGUGAAGGCCUCUGAAGGUGGUGGAGGAAAAGGGAUCCGCAAAGUGAACUGCGCUGAUGACUUCCCUAAUCUCUUCAGACAGGUCCAAGCAGAGGUUCCAGGAUCACCCAUUUUUGUCAUGCAGCUAGCCAAGCAUGCCCGCCACUUGGAGGUUCAGAUUUUGGCUGAUCAAUAUGGCAACGCUAUUUCCCUGUUUGGCAGAGACUGCUCUGUGCAGCGACGUCACCAGAAAAUUAUAGAGGAGGCUCCUGCCACCAUUGCCACUUCUGACGUGUUUGAGGAUAUGGAAAGGUGUGCAGUAAAGCUGGCGAAGAUGGUGGGUUACGUCAGUGCAGGCACAGUGGAGUACCUCUAUAGCCAGGACGGCAGCUUCUACUUCCUCGAGCUCAACCCUCGCCUGCAGGUGGAACACCCCUGCACUGAGAUGGUGGCUGACGUCAACUUGCCUGCAGCCCAAAUGCAGAUUGCUAUGGGUAUUCCUCUUCACCGAAUCAAGGACAUCAGGAUGCUGUAUGGGGUCCAGCCCUGGGGAGACAGUCCCAUAGAUUUCGAGCGUCUGUCAACUACCCCCUCCCCUCGAGGCCAUGUCAUUGCAGCUCGUAUCACCAGUGAAAAUCCAGAUGAGGGUUUUAAGCCAAGUUCUGGGACGGUGCAAGAGCUGAAUUUCCGCAGCAAUAAGAACGUGUGGGGCUACUUCAGUGUUGCAGCCGCUGGAGGGCUGCACGAGUUUGCAGACUCCCAGUUUGGACACUGUUUCUCUUGGGGAGAAAAUCGUGAAGAAGCAAUCUCCAACAUGGUGGUCGCUCUUAAGGAGCUGUCUAUUAGGGGAGACUUCAGGACCACAGUGGAAUACCUCAUUAAGCUACUGGAGACUGAAAGCUUUCAGCACAACAGCAUCGACACAGGCUGGCUGGAUAGGCUUAUCUCAGAGAAGAUGCAGGCGGAGCGUCCUGACACGAUGCUGGGAAUUGUGAGCGGUGCUCUGCAUGUGGCCGAUGUCAAUCUGAGGAACAGUGUGUCUAACUUUCUGCAUUCUUUGGAAAGGGGCCAGGUGCUGCCAGCACACACACUGCUCAACACUGUGGAUGUGGAGCUGAUCUAUGAAGGCACUAAGUAUGUCCUGACAGUGACGCGCCAGUCUCCAAACUCCUACGUGGUCAUCAUGAACAGUUCUUCUGCUGAGGUUGAUGUCCAUCGACUCAGUGAUGGAGGUCUUUUGCUUUCUUAUGAUGGAAGCAGCUACACUACCUACAUGAAAGAAGAGGUGGACAGGUAUCGCAUCACAAUUGGGAACAAGACCUGUGUGUUUGAAAAGGAGAAUGAUCCCUCGCUACUGCGAUCUCCUUCAGCAGGAAAACUCAUUCAGUACACGGUGGAGGAUGGUGGGCAUGUGUUUUCUGGCCAGUGCUACGCUGAAAUCGAGGUCAUGAAGAUGGUAAUGACUCUAACCGCUGCAGAGUCGGGCUGUAUUCACUAUGUGAAAAGAGCUGGGGCAGCACUGGAACCUGGCUGUGUCAUUGCCAAACUGCAACUCGAUGACCCAAGCAGAGUCCAACAGGCAGAGCUGCACACAGGAGCCCUGCCUUCUAUCCAGGCAGUAGCUCUGAGGGGAGAAAAGCUACACAGAGUCUUCCACAACACACUGGAUCAUCUCGUUCACAUAAUGAGUGGUUACUGUCUCCCCGAGCCUUUCUUCAGUGCUAAGCUGAAAGAGUGGGUGGAAAGGUUAAUGAAAACCAUGCGCGAUCCCUCGUUGCCACUGUUGGAGCUUCAAGACAUCAUGACUAGUGUGUCGGGUCGUAUCCCCCCUGCUGUGGAGAAGGCCAUCAAGAAGGAGAUGGCUCAGUACGCCAGCAACAUAACCUCUGUGCUCUGCCAGUUCCCCAGCCAGCAGAUUGCAAACAUCCUGGACAGCCAUGCUGCUACUCUUAACAAGAAGUCAGAGAGAGAAGUCUUCUUUAUGAACACACAAAGCAUUGUUCAACUGGUGCAAAAGUAUCGAAGUGGCAUCCGAGGUCACAUGAAGGCAGUGGUGAUGGAUUUGCUUAGACAGUAUCUGAAAGUAGAGAUCCAGUUCCAGAAUGGACACUAUGACAAGUGUGUGUUUACACUGCGUGAGGAAAACAAAGGCGACAUGGCCAAUGUGCUCAACUACAUCUUCUCCCAUGCUCAAGUCACUAAGAAGAACCUGCUGGUUACCAUGCUGAUUGAUCAGCUCUGUGGCCGUGAUCCCACACUGACAGAUGAACUGAUGGCCAUUUUGACUGAACUUACCCAGCUCAGCAAGACAACCAAUGCUAAGGUGGCACUACGUGCUCGGCAGGUAUUGAUAGCAUCUCAUCUUCCCUCUUAUGAGCUACGACACAACCAGGUGGAGUCCAUCUUCCUCUCUGCCAUUGAUAUGUAUGGACACCAGUUCUGCAUUGAGAACCUGCAGAAACUGAUCCUUUCAGAGACAUCCAUCUUUGAUGUUCUGCCCAACUUCUUUUACCACAGUAAUCAGGUUGUCAGGAUGGCUGCCCUAGAGGUGUACGUACGCAGAGCAUACAUUGCCUACGAGCUCAACAGUGUUCAGCAUCGACAACUGAAGGACAACACGUGUAUAGUAGAGUUCCAGUUCAUGCUUCCCACCUCACAUCCCAACAGAGGGAACAUCCCCACUCUAAACAGGAUGUCAUUCUCAUCCAACCUGAAUCACUACGGCAUGGUGCAUGUGGCCAGCGUGAGUGAUGUUCUGCUUGACACCUCGUUCACACCACCUUGCCAGCGCAUGGGAGCCAUGGUCUCCUUCCGCUCAUUUCAGGAGUUCAAAAGAAACAUACCAGAUGUGUUGAGCUGCUUCUCUGACUCUCCCCCUCCAAGUCCGACCUUCCCAGAAGGAGGCAAUCCCGUCCUGUAUGGUGAAGAGGACAACAAGAGUGUCCAGGAUGAGCCUAUCCAUAUCCUGAAUGUGGCUAUUAAGACUGACAGUGACAUGGACGACGAUGGCCUGGCAGCCAUGUUCCGGGAGUUCACUCAGUCAAAGAAAUCCCUCCUGUUUGAACAUGGCAUCCGAAGGCUAACUUUCCUCGUAGCUCAGAAGGAUUUCAGGAAGCAAGUCAACUGUGAGGUGGACCAAAGAUUUCAUAGGGAAUUCCCCAAGUUUUUCACAUUCCGUGCCAGAGACAAGUUUGAGGAGGACAGGAUCUACCGUCAUCUGGAGCCAGCUUUGGCGUUCCAGUUGGAGCUCAACCGCAUGCGUAAUUUUGCCCUAACUGCCAUCCCAUGCGCCAAUCACAAGAUGCACUUAUACCUGGGUGCAGCCCGUGUGGAAGUGGGCACAGAAGUUACAGACUACCGAUUCUUUGUCCGAGCCAUUAUCCGCCACUCUGAUUUGGUCACAAAGGAGGCCUCCUUUGAAUACCUUCACAAUGAAGCAGAGCGUCUGCUGCUGGAAGCCAUGGAUGAACUGGAGGUGGCUUUCAACAACACGACUGUACGAACAGACUGUAACCACAUCUUCCUCAAUUUUGUCCCCACAGUCAUCAUGGACCCAUCAAAGAUUGAGGAGUCUGUGCGCUCCAUGGUGAUGCGUUACGGCAGUCGUCUGUGGAAGCUGCGCGUCCUGCAGGCUGAGCUGAAAAUUAACAUCCGGCUGACUCCAACAGGAAAGCAGAUUCCCAUCCGCCUCUUCCUUACUAAUGAAUCAGGUUAUUACCUGGACAUCAGCCUGUACAAGGAGGUCACUGAUUCCCGAACGGGACAGGUGGGGCCCAAAGACCGACAGAUUAUGUUCCAAGCAUACGGAGACAAGCAAGGUCCCUUACAUGGUAUGCUCAUCAAUACACCCUAUGUCACCAAGGACCUGUUGCAAUCGAAGCGCUUCCAGGCACAGUCUCUGGGCACCACCUAUGUCUAUGACUUUCCAGAAAUGUUCAGACAGGCCCUGAAAAAGCUGUGGCACUCUAGUCAGGCCUAUGCCCACUUACCCAAAUGCCCUCUUCCCUCUGAGCUGCUCACCUUCACAGAGCUGGUCCUCGACGCCCAAGGUCAGCUGGUGCAGAUGAACCGACUGCCAGGAGGCAACGAAAUUGGUAUGGUGGCCUGGCGGAUGACCCUGCGAACCCCAGAGUAUCCAGCGGGACGUGAGAUCAUCGUCAUAAGUAACGACAUCACACACAAGAUAGGUUCCUUCGGACCGCAGGAGGACGUGUUGUUCCUGCGAGCCUCAGAGAUGGCGCGAGAGAGCGGCAUCCCUCGAAUCUACAUCGCAGCCAACAGUGGUGCUCGCAUUGGCCUGGCAGAGGAAAUCCGACACAUGUUCCACGUGGCCUGGCAAGAUCCAGCUGACCCUUAUAAGGGUUUCAAGUAUCUCUACCUCACACCUCAGGAUUACAAGAAGGUUUCAGCCCUCAACUCUGUGCACUGCGAACACGUCGAGGAUGAGGGAGAAUCCAGGUACAAGAUCACUGACAUUAUAGGAAAAGAUGAAGGCUUGGGUGUGGAGAAUCUGAAGGGGUCUGGAAUGAUUGCUGGAGAGUCUUCCCUGGCUUAUGAGGAGAUCAUCACCAUGAAUCUGGUCACAUGUCGAGCCAUAGGUAUCGGGGCCUAUCUGGUGAGACUUGGACAGAGAACCAUCCAAGUGGACAACUCUCACAUUAUCCUGACUGGAGCUGGAGCCCUCAACAAGGUCCUGGGUCGAGAAGUGUACACAUCGAACAACCAACUUGGUGGAAUUCAGAUCAUGCACAACAAUGGUGUAACCCACACUACUGUUUGUGAUGACUUUGAGGGAGUCUUCAAUAUUUUGCAGUGGCUGUCCUACAUGCCCAUGUGUAAAUCGAGUCCAGUUCCCAUCCUUCAAGCCAAGGAUCCCAUUGAUCGGCUGAUAGAGUUUGUGCCUACCAAGGCUCCUUAUGACCCUCGCUGGAUGUUAGCAGGACGUCCCAGCCAGACUCCGAAGGGUUCCUGUCAGAGUGGUUUCUUUGACCAUGGCUCUUUCAUGGAGAUCAUGCAGCCUUGGGCUCAGAGCGUGGUGGUAGGCCGAGCCAGACUGGGUGGGAUACCUACUGGAGUGGUUGCUGUGGAGACCAGGUCAGUGGAGCUGUCAAUCCCAGCUGAUCCAGCCAAUUUGGACUCCGAGGCAAAGAUCAUCCAGCAGGCAGGACAGGUGUGGUUCCCAGAUUCUGCCUUUAAAACAGCCCAGGCUAUUAAGGAUCUGAACCGCGAAGGCUUACCUCUCAUUGUAUUUUCCAACUGGAGGGGCUUUUCUGGAGGAAUGAAAGAUAUGUACGACCAGGUGCUGAAGUUUGGGGCCUACAUUGUGGAUGGACUGAGGGAGUACAAGCAGCCAGUGCUAGUCUAUAUCCCCCCUCAGGCUGAGCUGAGAGGAGGCUCCUGGGUGGUCAUAGAUCCAACCAUCAACCCCCGUCACAUGGAGAUGUACGCCGACAAGGACAGCCGAGGUGGAGUGUUGGAGCCUGAAGGAACAGUGGAGAUCAAGUUUAGAAGGAAGGAUCUGGUGAAGACCAUGAGGAGAGUAGAUCCGAUCUACACGAGUCUGGCUGAAAGACUGGGAACCCCAGAGCUGAGCCCGCCUGAUCGAAAAGAGCUGGAGACCAAGCUUAAGGAGCGUGAGGAGUUCCUGUUACCCAUCUACCAUCAGGUGGCUGUGCAGUUUGCAGAUCUUCAUGACACUCCAGGUCGCAUGCAAGAGAAGGGCGUUAUAACGGAUAUCCUGGAAUGGCAGACGUCUCGUCAGUUCUUCUACUGGCGCCUGCGACGUCUGCUGCUAGAGGACACCGUGAAGAGGAAGAUCCAAGCGGCCAACAGUGAGCUGACAGACGGCCAGAUCCAGGCAAUGCUGCGCCGCUGGUUUGUGGAGGCUGAAGGGGCUGUUAAGGCUUAUCUGUGGGAUAACAAUGAAGAGGUGGUGGCAUGGCUGGAGAGGCAACUAGCUGAAGAAGAAGGCGCGAGGUCCGUCAUCGAUGAGAACAUCAAGUACAUCCGCCGGGAUCACAUCCUCAAGCAGAUUCGCAGCCUUGUUCAAGCCAAUCCAGAGGUUGCCAUGGAUUCCAUUGUGCACAUGACCCAGCACAUCUCACCCACACAGAGAGCUGAGGUGGUGCGUAUCCUGUCCACUAUGGAGACGUCAACCUCCUCCUAGCGGGAGCCUGGCCUCUCCCCCCCCCGCCUGGCUGAAGCACUGCUCAAGCCACAACCACAGCCAAAGCAGCCUGGUUCAGCCGGAUCUGCUCCUAACUGUGGCCUGGGCUGGAAACUCAGACUGGAGGAGCCAACGUGAUGGCCCUUGGCAGCUGCCAGGUUACUGAUGAACCGUUGGCAAUGAUUCUCACUUAGCACGAGUUUAGGUGUUUGACAUCAGUUAUAACAUUUUGUAAACUGACUUACAUGUAGGUUAACGUUUAGAAAAAUUGAUGUAUUUUGUAUUAAAGUGCAAUUAACAAAUGUCAAUGUAGACAUAUCUAGUCACUAAUAUUUAAUAAUGUGUUUGGAGUUUACACAGUUGGCUCAAGAGGAUGUUUAUGCUUCCAUGAUAAUCAGUGGCCUCCAUCCUUUUGAGCUGGAGUGUGCACAACAGUUAAUUAAUGUUGUUGUCCUGUUAAAAUGCACCUUGGUUUGUGACAUAUGCUUGUUAAGAUUUGCAAGUGUUUUGAUGACCAGCUUGACAAUGACAAUACAUAGGAGGGAGCUGGCAAAAAAAGGGGGUUUUACACUCCCAAAUAAGGAGCACUCAGUUACUGAACAAAGGUGGGGAGCACUGUAACAGAUUUGGACAGGGCCAGCCCAGCAGGGAGCAGGGACAAGGUCCCUUUUAGACCCCGACUGUUUCACAGUUACCCUGCAGUGAGCAAUGGGCAGCUCGCCUCACAACAAAACCACAGCUGUCCCUUCUGUUCUCACCCACAGUACAUGCUGCUUUAGAGGCACUUUAGUGCUUACUGUUCCCUUACAUGGCACCUUGAAUCAAAUCUGCACAGUUUUCACUGUUGCACCUAGUAUGCAAACAUGCACACGCACACAGUGACACAUGCAUGUGGAGUGGAUAAUGGAGAACUGAGCACAGUACUCACACAGAGUGAAUAAUAGCAUGCUUGUUUAGAAUGAUGUUCUUUGCUCCCUUUGGUUAUUUUUGACAGCUGUUGUGUUGCUCUUAAAAGCAGCUGUGUGCUUUUUAACUAAAGAAAUACACUUGAGUUAGAAAGCCAAAUCAUUACGUGUCUGCUGACAGAACAAAGGGUACUGUUCGCCUGAUCUACACGUUACAUGUUGGAUAUGGUGUCUAAUUUUAGCUGUAGUCCUCAGACUCUGUUCUAUUUAAAGUUUGUAUGUCAUGUAUAUGAAAAGUUACUUAUUUUUAUUAAUUUUUGAACAGUUUGAAUCACAUCCAACUUCUCUUGACUACUUGAGUUUGUUACUAAUAGACAGGGAAAUUCUGCAAACUGUAUCAUGAAGAGAAGAGUACUUAAUGAUGGCAAAACAGCAGCAUACUGUUGAAUUCCAUCUUUGAGAUCAUUGUGUCAUGUGCUCUGCUGACAAAACAACAACAAUGUGAAAUGGCUUCAUGGUCAGUGCUGUGCCUUUCAUGUGCCCGUAUUGACAUGUUGUCCAGUUGCUUCAUAAGUAACUGGUUGUUUCCUUGUACAGGGAUGAAGAAUAUUUACUGAUAUGAGCUUUAAAUGUGUCUGCAGAUUUAAUAAAGCUUACUCAACUUA